AUGCGUACACUCACAUCUACAUUGCUCGGCCGUUCUUUUUUUCUUUCUUUCUUUCUUAUUUAUUCAUUCAGUAAUUUUUACCAUCUAUAUUCCCAUUUUUUUCAUUCGGUUCCUUUAUUUAUUUUUCUUUCUUCUUCUGACUUCAGCUAUUCUUAUUCAUUUGUUUUUGUUUUCUUUCUUUAUAAAGUUUUCUUUCUUCCUUUCUGCUUCAUGUCUUUCUUAUUCAGUUAUUUUUUUAAUAUUAAAAUUCAUUUUCAUUCUUUUUCAUUCCUUUAUUCAUUUAUUUAUAUUUAUAUCCUUUCUUUUUGUCUUACUUUUUCCUUUCUUUCUUAUUUCUUUAUUUAUUUCAAAUUUAUAUUAAUUUUCGUUCAUUUUCUUCUCUUUAUUUAUUUAUUUGUUUCUAUAUUUCUUCCUUUAUUUCUUUCGUUUUUCUUUCUUUCUAUCAAGUUCCUAUAUUUAUUUUAUCAUUCCUAUUCAUUUUCAUUUCUUUUCUUUCCUUUAUUCAUUUACUUAUUCAUAUUCUUCUUUUCUCAUUCUUUCUUUCUUUCUUUCUUUCUUUCUUUCUUUCUUUCUUUCUUUCUUUCUUUCUUUCUUUCUUUCUUUCUUAUUCCGCCGGGACUUUUUACCAUUUACUUGUAA